AUGCUAACCCAACCAAUCCUUGAGGGACACAGAAACCCUGCCGUUCAGACUCCUACGUCCCAGAAGAACCUUCGUGGCAACUGCGCGACAGCCCUCAACGAACGCACGUCUACUUUCCGCGCCACCCAUUCCCCGACAUUCAACAACAUCCCCGUGGAAAUUUGGCAGCACAUUUUUCACAUAUGCUACUGUUUUGAACACGUCCCCGAGCUCGACGAGCUCUCAGGACCCAUUUGGGGUCGUACGACACCACCUCCCACAUUUCGCGGACGCGCGGUACUACCACGCACCCCCUCAAUGCUCAGUCAAGUUUGCUCUCGCUGGAGGGACGUGGCCUUCGGCAUGCCCGAGCUCUGGAACGUGUUGUACGCCAAGACCGCCCGAACCGACGUAAACGAUGAUCAGACCACCCGGGACACGAAGAUGGAGACCAGGGCGAAGCUCGUGGCCAGUCGCAUGUCCUUGGCAGGACACCUUCCCUUGAAGAUCUGUGUCAACGCCAAAGAUGACUUGCAGGGUGCAAAACUCCUCGUUCGGGCUAUACUUCCGUUUUCGCGCCAAUGGGAGACCGUCCACCUUCUGGCCCCAGGGGACGUUCUGAAGGAGUUCUCUUACCUCAAACCAGAGGAUGUCCCUCUUUUAUCGUCGUUCAAGACCUACGAACAAACUUACAACCCUGGCAUUCUGCCCUCCCACCCCCCUAACUUUGAUCGAUUCCGACUCUGCACCAUCGCUCCUUCCCUGCGUCGGCUUUGUACCUCAACCCUACCCACCGUACCCACCGUAUGGUUCUGUGCCAACCUAUACGAACUAAACCUCCAGCAAAGCCCCUCCGAAACGUGGUCGAUCCUAAACGUCCUCUCCUUCUGCAGGCAACUGCGUGUACUAACACUCAGCGGGUACGGAGUGACGAUGGACCGCCCGCCACCUCACCACCCCGCCGUUGAACUGUCCGAGCUGAUUACGCUAAAUUUCGUGCAUCCAUUCGGAAGAGAGUUGCUGUUCCAGAUGCUCGUUCUGCCGAAGCUUGCGGAACUGAGACUCUUGGGGAAGUGUGAUGGUGCGAGUCCCCAGAUGGUGUUGCAUGAAAUCAAGGAGCUGAUGAAGAGGAGUGAGGUCACAUCGCUAGAGCGGUUUUGCGUCGAGUUUGACUCGCAUGGGUUGGAGGUGGAGGUUCUCAUCAGCUUCUUGGCUUGCCAACCGUUGUUACGAGAACUCUGCAUUGCUGAAACCCUUUGGAACCCUUUCAGGUUCAGCCCACCUCUCGUCACGUCUCGCCUCGUCAGCGCACUCUCUGAAGUUAUUAGGAAGCGGAACCAAGAUCGAAGUUUGGGGAACGAUGAAGAAUCAAACAACCACGCCGGUUUCAGGAUUUGCCCAUCUCUCCAGCGUCUUUCAUUCAUCGGAUGUUUUGAUUUCCUUGACGAAGAGCUGACUGCCUUACUGAAGCGCCGUUUCCCCCUGCUGCGAGGUGGCACGCGGCUGAUGACCGUUGACAUCUCGAUGAAACGCUCAAUAUCUCGAGAUCUGGAGGACAUAGUCGAGCAAUUAUGGAGGGAAGGACUACAGAUCGAAAUCCAAAGGGCUUGA